CACUCCACUUUUGCUUUUUGCCCAAACACCAAACAACCACAAAUUAAUUAAAAAAUAUAUUAAUUAAGAAGAAGAAAGGCUGCUGCAGCAAGUUUCUUUUGCCGUUACAAUUCAGACAGUACGGAUGAUGAGCAGCAACGGCGGCGGCGGUGGCGGUGGCGGUGGGCAGAGUAGCGGGCCGUGCGGCGCCUGCAAGUUUCUGAGGAGGAAAUGCGUGAGAGGGUGCGUAUUCGCGCCGUAUUUCGACUCGGAGCACGGCGCGGCUCACUUCGCGGCCGUGCACCGGGUGUUCGGAGCCAGCAACGCGUCGAAGCUGCUCCUCCGGAUUCCGGCGCACCGCCGCCUUGACGCCGUGAUCACGCUCUGCUACGAGGCGCUGGCUAGGGUUAGGGAUCCCGUCUAUGGCUGCGUUGCCCAUGUGUUCUCGCUCCAGCAACGGGUUGUGAAUCUCCAGGCGGAACUGGCGUGCGUCCAGGCGCGUAUAUCCACGCUCCAGCGGUCGCCUACUUUCCCGUCGUCUCAGCCGCCGCCGCCGGCGAUGUCUCCUCCCGACAACUUCCGACCUAAUUCCUCCGAUCAUCAUCAAUUCGGUGCUGUCCGAGGCGCCGCCAUCUUCGAUCGUGCAGCCCUAGCCCCGUCCGAGGAAACAUCUCCAGAAAUGGCGAGCUUCUGCAACUCUGCGGACCAGGAUCUGGAUGAUGCUGCUGCUACUGAUCUCCAGGCACAGCUGGCCCGGGACUACGUGUCCAGGUACUUUCCUGGAGUCAGAUUCAGGCCCUCAACUCCAUGAUCGGAACCUCCUCCUUGUUAAUUUUCCUAUGUCGACGAAAUUGAAGAACUUGUGCCAGACUGUGUACCUCAGUUUCCCUAUUCCCCUCUCUUCUAAAUGCUGAACUUUCCAGAACAAUCAUAUAUAUAUAUAUGUGAUUUUGUUUUAAGCCCA